AUGCAGGAUCUAUCAACAGGUUGGCUCAACUGUGAUCCUGGGCCGAUUUUCAAGUCAGAGUAUUAUUCUUUUUCACUGUGGCUGCCUCAAUGGUUCCCAUGGAAAGGAAUAGCUGUCUCGCCAGUGCAGUUGCAUGCGUUAUGCCUAGGUUUAUUUGCAUCGAUAAUAGCGCCUUUUGGGGGGUUUUUUGCUAGUGGUUUGAAGAGAGCUUUCAAGAUUAAGGAUUUUGGUGAUAGUAUUCCAGGGCAUGGCGGCUUUACAGAUCGUAUGGAUUGCCAGAUGGUGAUGGCCAUAUUUGCCUACAUAUAUUAUCAAUCUUUUGUUCUACCUCAAACUAACUCAGUCGAGAUUAUCUUGGAUCAGAUAGUAAGAAAUUUGAGAAUUGAAGAGCAAGAGAGACUAUACACGAUGCUAGGCCAAAUAUUCAGAGAAGAAUAUGGUAGUCUUUGA